AUGCCGACCGAGCACUUGUACGCGGAGUGGCUGCGAAAAGUGACUUCAAAUGCAAAAGAUAUUCCACUUUUAUUUGUAUAA